GAAGUUGGCGGUGGAAAUAAACCCCCCUCAAGAGAUCCCCCCAAGAAAUCCCAGCCACGUGGCAUCGCAUGACACACGCAACAUCAAGUUCCAAAUUUAAACCGCCACUCUCCCAUUUUUCACCUCUAUACAUACACGUACACGCACAAAUUUCUCAAAAAUGCAUUUCAAUAUUAAUAAGAGCAGCACCUAUGAUUAAAAAUGAAGAGGCAAAGCGGCAAUCGUGAGAAGGAGAAAUGUGAGGUUAAGAAAGUGAAUCGGAAAAAGAUCAAAAGCACGGCGGCGAGCGACGAAGUGGCGGCGGAGAAGGUGGCGGGCGAGGAGCGGAAGGCGGCGGCGGAGGAGUGGUUUAGUUGGUGGAGUGGGGUGGAUGAGGAGAUGCCGUGGGCCACCAGUUGGAUUCCAUUUUGGGAGGUCGAGGCUUAUGAUGCAUUAUAUGGUGAUGUUUUGUGGGAUUAUGAUAUUUGGAAUUUGAAAGGACUUGCUCCAAAUCCAUCAUAAUUUUACUCUUUUUUUUUCUUUUCUUUAUUCCGAAAUUUUGUUUAUGUUUAUGUUGAAUAUUAUUAGUACUAGUUUGUUCCUUUCUGGAUGUAAAUGUAUGGAUAAUACCCUCAAA